AGCCCACCCCCCAACACUUGAGUGGGUAAAGAAUAGAGAAGGAUGAAGGAGGUGUAUUGGUCCAUUAUCCAUUAUAACCUAUCGCUAUUCGCUAAUGGAAGUGGCUGUGGCACUUGCAUUGCUCAUUGCGCAGUAGAGUAAGAGUAAGCCAAAGCCAAAGCCAACACGUUGAAUUGCAUUAAUAUAUAUAUAUAUAUAUAUUGAUAAUCACUCAUAUAUCCUCAAACUCCAAUUUGCGUGCGGUCAGCACUCACAAACUCCAACUACCAGACAAAUUUGGCAAUUCCAGCAUCUCCUCCUAACCUACGUACCCAGAUACCCCAAAUUCAUUUAACAUUACCAAUCUCAUUCCUUUUCUCUCUAACUCGCUUCUUUUAUCUUUCAUCUCUAGCCAUGCCUUCUCUCAUUCAUUGUCCAGCAACUUCCCUCUCUGCAACACGAGGAGCAGACUCUAUUGGAUUCUUUGUCCCCAACACUGCUCGUUUCAACAAGACCCACAAGUGCCGGGUUCGUUGCUCUUUAGAGACUAAUGUUUCCGACAUGAGUGUCAAUGCGCCGAAAGGGCUGUUUCCUCCGGAGCCGGAACAUUAUCGAGGACCCAAGCUAAAAGUUGCCAUUGUUGGAGCUGGGCUUGCAGGCAUGUCAACUGCAGUGGAACUCUUGGAUCAAGGCCACGAGGUGGAUAUAUAUGAGUCAAGGUCUUUUAUUGGUGGCAAAGUUGGUUCUUUUGUUGACAGACGUGGAAAUCACAUUGAAAUGGGAUUGCACGUUUUCUUUGGUUGCUACAACAAUCUUUACCGCUUGAUGAAAAAGGUCGGUGCAGAUAACAAUCUACUUGUGAAGGAUCACACUCACACUUUUGUAAACAAAGGGGGUCAAAUUGGAGAACUAGAUUUUCGCUUUCCAAUUGGGGCACCAAUACAUGGGAUAAGGGCAUUUUUGUCCACAAAUCAGCUUAAGACUUAUGAUAAGGCUAGAAAUGCUGUGGCUCUUGCACUGAGUCCAGUUGUCAAAGCUCUUGUUGAUCCAGAUGGUGCUUUGAGGGACAUAAGGAAUUUGGAUAGUAUCAGCUUUUCAGAUUGGUUUUUGUCCAAAGGUGGCACACGGAUGAGUAUUCAGAAAAUGUGGGAUCCAGUUGCCUAUGCCCUUGGGUUUAUUGACUGUGAUAAUAUUAGUGCCCGUUGUAUGCUCACCAUAUUUGCCUUGUUUGCUACAAAGACUGAAGCUUCCCUUUUGCGAAUGCUAAAGGGUUCACCAGACGUUUAUUUGAGUAGUCCCAUCCGGAAGUACAUCACAGAUAGAGGGGGCAGGUUCCAUCUUAGGUGGGGAUGCAGAGAAAUACUUUAUGAUAAAUCUGCUGAUGGGAGCAUUUAUGUUGCAGGACUUUCCAUGUCAAAGGCUACUGCCAAGAAAAUUGUGAAAGCUGAUGCUUAUGUUGCCGCUUGUGAUGUCCCUGGUAUUAAAAGAUUAAUUCCAUCAGAGUGGAGGGAACAGGAGUUUUUCAAUAACAUAUACGAACUAGUUGGAGUUCCUGUGGUCACAGUGCAACUCAGGUACAAUGGUUGGGUUACAGAGUUGCAGGAUCUAGAAAAGUCAAGGCAGCUGAGGAAAGCUGUUGGGUUAGAUAACCUUCUCUAUACUCCCGAUGCAGAUUUUUCUUGCUUUGCAGACCUUGCACUUGCCUCUCCUGAAGACUAUUACAUUGAGGGACAAGGAUCAUUGCUCCAAUGUGUUCUGACACCAGGAGAUCCGUACAUGCCCUUACCUAAUGAGGAAAUUAUUGCAAGGGUAGCAAAACAGGUUUUGGCUCUGUUCCCGUCGUCUCAAGGUUUAGAAGUGACUUGGUCGUCCGUUGUUAAAAUCGGCCAAUCUCUGUACCGUGAGGGACCUGGUAAAGAUCCAUUUAGACCUGAUCAAAAGACACCAGUGAAAAAUUUCUUUCUUACUGGCUCUUACACAAAGCAGGACUACAUAGACAGCAUGGAAGGUGCAACCUUGUCUGGCAGACAAGCUUCUGCCUAUAUCUGUGAUGCAGGGGAAGGAUUGGUGGCAUUGCGGAAGGAACUUGAUAUUAACUUUGAUGACGAAUUUAAAAAAGCAAAUACUAAAGAUGAAUUGAGCCUAGUAUGAGAAAUUUCCAUACAAGGUAGGCAUGUUGACAGGAAGCUAGUUUAUUCUUUUUGCGUGUAACGUUUUAAAUUGUAUAUUCAAUCGAGAAGUAAUUAGAGUAUUGUUAGCUUCCCAGCAAGUGUUGCGUAGUUCUGAAUCUCAGUGUCUAUAGAUUUUGGAUUUAUGUCCAGCCAUUGACAUCAUGUUAACAUGUGCUUUGCACACUGAAUAAAAACGUAAUAAAUAAAAAGAUUUUACAAGAAAUCACGCUAUUAUGUAAUGGAAAUUAGUGAUGGUAUAUUAAUAACACUUCUUUUCACCUUUGAU